GUAACUAAAUUUUUUGAGUUUUUUUUGCUGAAAGCUCUCUUUCUUUAAAAAAAUAGUAUUAAAAAUAUUGUGUUCCUCCAAUAUUUUUAAUGUAUCUGCAUAUUUCGCGAAUUUUGAGCGGACGGUAGAUCUGCUAGUUUAUAUUCGACGGGUAUAAUUUUCAUACAUUAAGUGGACAUUUUGUUUAUGCAAAAAUCUUUUGAUUUUCAGGUAUAUGUUUUUACGAUUUUUUGAGUGUGGGUUUGAUAAUUUUGAGACGAUAAACAAGCAAAAUAUGAAGGUCGUGCAGGCUGUAUUUCGCAUUUAAAGGGUGAUAAACUGAAAAGGACCCUCAUUUACAACUCCUUUUCAAAGCGGGCUUAGUGACGUAAUAGGAAAACUAUCGGAGACUAAACACGCUUGCAGGUUUUCUUUCGCACGUGGGGUGGAUGCAAAGAGGGAAUUAGUAACUUUAUACGUGAAUGAAUGCAACCAUUUAGCUUACAAUAAUCUGUUGUGUUGUUAUAGAAGUGAUUCGAGUCUUUUCUGCUACGUGUUAUCAAUUAGCCAGUGAGUUGACAGAAGGUCGAGUCAUAUCAAGCUUGCAAUAAUAUUUUGGAAGUAUCUUACACCGCAGAGAUUCUGAACCUCAUUAUGAGGAAGGUUGCUGGUUAUUGUCAGAUUAGGUCACUAUAUUUAUGCUGUUGAGAUUUUUCAUUCAAUCCAGAUUAGCAAAAUAUAGACUGUUGAUCCUGUUAUGUUUUUACUGGUCACAAUUCUGACCAUCAAAAUAAUGCUUCGACUGCAAAGCAAGCGAGGGAGAAAACCCAUCGAUGUUGCAAAGGAAAGUUGUUUGAAAAAUUUGUCCACAUCCGAUUUUUCUGUAAAACUGGUGGAUUCUGAAAUUGGCAAAGGUCUUUUCGCUGAAAAAUCAUUCUGUCAGGGCGACUUUUUGUUAGAGUAUAAAGGCAAAAGACUAGAUGAAGAUGACGGUCUAGCGACAGAGAGCAUUUUCACUUAUUUUUUUCAACACUCAUCCAAAAUAUUCUGCAUUGAUGCCCAAGAAACUGACUGUAUAUGCAAAUAUGCAAAUGAUGAUUGGAACAAUCCGAACGCAACAAUGAAGAAAAUAGUAGUGGAAGAUGUCCCUCACCUUUGCUUAUUUGCUCGUCGAGACAUCAACGUAGGAGACGAAAUCCGAUACGACUACAAUUACCCAAACGCACCUUGGCGUAAAAUAAAGUGGUCUAUCGGCCAGAGUUCUGCAGAAGAUGCAGAAAGUACAGAAGAUAUUAACAAUGUCGGUGUCGGGGAAAUAGAUUUAUUUUUGACUGAAGAAUUUGGAGAUUUGUUGGCACCGCCUAAUACAGAAAACAGCGACACCGGAAUAAACAAUAUUUUAUAUCAAAAUCAAUCAGAUAACAAUACAAACGAAGAAUUUGAAAAUGCAAUCGAUUUAUUUUUUCCUCGAGAAGUAGGAGAUAUCACAUCCGAUGGGUUGAUGCCACAUAGUAUAGGUGAUUCUCCCGCGAGAUGGCCGACCCUUCAAAACUUAGCAGACGGAAAUGCUGAAAGUGACUCCGCGGUUGCUGUGACAGGAGAUGAGUCUACAGACUAUGUCCCAGCAUCUUCAGAGUCACUUUCAAUAAGCGAUUUGAGUGAUUCUAAAGAAAACCAUACAAAUAACAAAGACGAUAACGGUUGUAAAUCGAAGCCAAAAAAGCUUUUGAAUAAAGAAAUGCAAUCCAAAAAGGAAACAAACAGAAAAAAGAGAAUUCCACGGCCUUGCUUAUUCUGCGGGAAAUUUAUUGUCAAACUUAAAAGACAUUUGUCCACUAUACAUAAAGAGGAGCCGACAAUAUGCAAAAUAUUUUCGCUCCCCUUUGCAAAAAGGCAGCAAGAAUUUGAUAUAAUAAGAAAAAAGGGAAUCUUCCAAUAUAACAUGCAAAUGUUAAAGGACCGUAAACCGUUAAUAGCGGAAAGACACCAAGGCCGUGGCAGUAUGAAAAUUUGCACCAACUGUUCCGGCUUCUUCCAAAGAAAAACAUUUCACAGACAUCAUCAGUUGUGUCGAAGCAAAUUUGGUAGUCCUGCUUCUGCGACGGGUUUGUGCGUCGAAUCCAUGGUUUGUCAUGGUGAUGAAGCAUUUGCUGACUUGCUCACACGAUUUCAAAAUGACGAAAAGGGAAAUUUAUGUAGACAGGAUGAGUUAAUAAAGACUGUCGGCCGAAGCCAAUUUCAGAAACACCGAAAGAAAACUGAAAAGAAAUCAGAAUCGAGGAAGGCCGUAAUGGCGAAUAUGAGAUUGUUGGCAUCCCUUUUUGUCGAAUUCAAAUCGUGUGCAACAAAACAAAAUGUAAAUGUAUCGUCGGAGAAUAUGCUUCGACGCGAGUAUUUUAUGAUUUUAGAAGAAGCCAUACAAAAUAUUGCAACACACGAGGAUGGUGCAUUAAAAUCGGGGUUAAUGGUCAAUAUUGGAAAUUUACUCAAAAUGGCUGCCAAAGUAAUGAAAGGAACCCACCUCAUGAAUUUGGAUGACGAAAAAGCGGAACAAAUAGAAAAGUUCGAAGCUGUUUUACAAUUAAGAUGGAUACGAAAUUUUGGCGAUGCCGAAUACCAGGUUGUAAAAAAUAGACAAUCUAAACUAAGAUUGCCAAGUGAGCUACCUAUUGAAAACGACGUGACACAGAUUCGAAAGUACACCCUUGAAACGAUGCAGCGAGAAGUCAGUGAUGAUUUGUCAUUGUGGGGCCCCGAAAAAUUCAUAGUUGUCCGUAAUUUGGUUAUCUCCCGUUUAACGCUUUUUAAUGCUAGGCGAGGAGGCGAGCCAAGUAGGUUGUUGGUGAGGCACUGGGAAGAGGCAAAAAGGGAACAAUGGAUCGAUAAGCAACGUCGUUCAAAAGCAAUUUCGCCGAUGGACAAGUUUCUUAUGGAUAAUUUUAAAGUAAUAUAUCACGGUGGGAAAGGCAUUUCUCAUCUAGUCCCAGCACUUGUGCCGCCUGACUGUGUCGAAGCAUUAGACGCGCUUUCAGAUCCAGAGAUACGGCAGCUAUGCGAUAUAAACAAUAAAAAUGAAUUCCUGUUUCCCAGUACACGCCAUUCUAUGGAUCAUGCCAGCGGCUGGCACUGUACAAAGGAUGUCGCUACUGCUGCGGGAAUAAAAACCAAUAUUACAGCUACACAAAUGCGGCACAGAGCAGCAACUUUGUAUGCCGAACUCGAUGUACCCGAAAAUUUCAGGGAUGCUUUUUUUCGUCACAUGGGACACUCCAAAGAAAUAAACAAAAACGUUUAUCAAUGUCCACUGGCAGUACAAGAAAUAACACAAGUCGGAUCAUACUUGGCUAAUAUAGAUGGAUUUUCACUUCCCCAAGGUAAUCUUCAUAAUAUUGCACCAACACCUUCUGAAAAACAUAGUAUCUCUUCGUUCGAAGAAGGUGAAGAAGAAUUCAGGGAAAGAGAAACUUCAAUUUCUACGCAGUUGCAAAAUACUACUCAAUCAUCAUCCGGUACGUCCCUAUGUGAUGAAGAAAUUAUAGGAAAAAAACGAGUAAGAAGAUAUACAAGAUGGUCGCCUUCUGCCACGUCCAGUCUUUUGACCUUUUUCAAAUCCUAUAUCGAGGACACCUCAUCUACAGGGUGCAAGGGCACUUUACCAGGCCGGAAGAUAAUAAAAGAAUUUCUAGAAAAGCAUCAUGAUAUUCUCGAAGGUCUAUGCGAAAAAGAAAAAGUUUGUGCAACACACACAAAAGUCUUUAACGAACGAAAUAAAUUUAGACGAAAGUAUGAUGCCAGCUUAAAAGCUUUGACCGAAUGAGCCUAUUAAGUUGACUUGCAGUUUCUUUUUAAUUAAUGGUCGCGGUACCGAACCUGAUUCUUUUAUUUAAUACUUUUAUCAGCGAAUGUGUCAGCGUUACAUAUUCAUUGUGUCCAUUGUGUUAUAGGUUACACUAAACUUAGUCGAAUAAUUGGACAUUUUAAAUAUCAAUAUGCUCCCAGAAUUAACUCAAUGUCACAAUUAUAGAGGUCAGAUGGGUGAUUUAUGAUAUAUUUUGGUGUCGUUUCUCAAUCUAAUUUUAAAAUUUCGUUUUUAAUUAUGCCGCACUCAUGUUGUCAAAUAGGUGGACAUUUUGAAAAUAUUUUGUGCAAUGUUUUUCAAUGGGAGCGGUGUUCCAAAUUUCAUUUUUCAAUUGCGUGUAACACUUAAAAGGCCGUAUACGUAUUUAUUCUGAUUCUCAAAAUGCUUGGCAUUCCAUAUUUUUUUUAUUAUUUGGGUAGUGAAUUAAGUGGUCAGAUAUGUGAACAUUUAAGAAAUAUUUCUCAAUAUUAUUAGAGAAUUUCAGAAUUCCGUUUUUUUAUCAUUUGCACACUUAAGUGGCAAGAUAGGUUAACAUUUGAGAAAUUUAUGUGUACUAAUUCUCAAUAUGGCUCUGAUAUUUCGUAUUUUUCAAUUACCAUAUCAUAUUUCGUUUUUUAUUAUAUGUCAAUUCAAGUUGUCGGAUAGGUGGACAUUUGAGAUAUAGUAUGACAUACUAUGUGUGUUCGGAUUUUCAAAAUGAUUGGCAUUUUGGAUUUUCGUUUUUCAAUUAUAUGUCGAGUAGGUGGACAUUUGAGAUAUAUUUUGAUUACUGACUCCCAAAAUAAUUCGCAUUUUGG